AUGCAUCCAGAUGAUGUGGUAAUUAUGCGACGGGCGACCGAAGUGGCUGCCAAUUUCUUAUCCAACUUCAUUUCGUCGCGAGUGGAAGAUGAGGUGAAACGCCGGGAUUUCGUCGUCUGCUUGGAGCAAUUGCUGGCCAGUCGUUUGGAACAUCAUUGGUAUCCGGAGCAUCCGAGCCGAGGGCAAGCUUACCGCUGCAUCCGACUCAAUCCAUCCAGCGGUCGAGAAGCUCUGAUUGAGACGGCCGUCAUCGUGGCCGGUCUGACUGACGCCGACAUUCAACUGCCCUUGGAACUGACCGUCUGGAUCGAUCCCGACAGCGUGGCCUACCGAUUCGGCGAGAAUGACGGAUCGCAUUGUACUCUGCUAUCCUUCGACGAUCAAUUCGAGCCUUUGAAUAAUAAGACGACGACGACGACUCCUCCUCAAACACCAAUAAAAGGAGACGGACGAGAGUGCCGGGCAUGUCAGAUUGUUUUCCAGCAGCACAGUUGUUGUGCUCCAUGUCCGGCAUUGUCUCAUAGUACAACUUAUAUCGAGCAAUUUAGAUGCCAGGGCUGA